AUGAGCAAUUAUCAAUUUACGCUAAAUGAGGAGCAAAAGGAUGAGCAGCCACCAACUCAAUCUUCACUUAAUCAUCAGAGAUAUAGCUCUUAAAGAUUAAGGUAGGACCCUAAUCCAUUGAUUGGGCAAGACCCUACAGUUAUUAAAUCUGGAAGUAUCCAUAGAGACAGUUAUGAUUCCAAUGAUUACUCUUAUCAAAAUAAUACUCUAGGUCUACCUGAAGACUCAAAAAGAUAAUCAAUGUCUAAUAAUAGUAAUCACAUUUAAGUGUUCCAGUAUAGCAAGUAAAACUCUCAAAACAGGUAGUAAUAGCAAUUUUAGAAUUAGGAAUAUGAAUAGCAAAUGAAUAACUUAGAAUUGUAUAAUACUGAUGAAGCAAAGGAAGAUCUUAUCAAGAAUCUAGAAGAUGAGAUGAUAGAAAAAUAAGCUGAUCUAAGAGAGCUAAUCAUAAAGAUUAAGAGUAGUGAUUUAUAUAGGGAGCAAAAUUCAUUGAUAAAAGUAAAUUUUCAAAACCUUCAAUAAUAAAUUUUAGUCUGCACUUUAAACUAUUGGACCUACCGAAGAAUUCCUUAGCUUAUGCCUAGACUCGAUAAAAGUUCUAUAAUUAGAUAAUCAAUCAUAAUAAGUAAGAAUAAAAAUAUUUUUAGUGUCUUAAUGAUGUCAUAUUAGGAACAAAUUGAUUUAUUAAAACAUCAAAUUGAUAACUCUAGCUUUAAAAAUUUUCCAGUGCAAUCAAAUAAAGUGGAUGAGAACUACUACACUGAUUAGAUUAAAGAAUUUAAAUUAAUGAUUUAAAAGCAAUAGGAAUUGAUAAAUGAAAUGACAAAGUAAAUGGAAUAAAAGCAUUAAGAUUACGAGCUACUUAAAUAGUAACUUCUAAUGAAGGACACGCUUUAACUAGCUUAAGAGUAAAUGCAAAAUCAAAAGCAAUAUUUUGAAAGUAUAGCUUAUCAAAAUAAUCAUCUGCAAUUAGAGCUCCAGAAAAUAAGUGAGUAAUUUAGAAAUUAUGUGCAAUCCAGCUAAAAAGAGAAUAUAUAGAGUGCAAGAUAGCAAUAGGUAGAAAAAUAAAGGAUUGAUGAAUAAUUCUAUGUGGAUCAUCAGAAAUUAUAGGAUGAUUAUUCAGAAAUAAUAAAGACAACAAGAUGCCUUCCUUAAGAUUUUUAAAAAGUAAUAAAUAAGAUUAUGAGUCUUAAGGAUAAUCUGAUUUCCAAGGAUUAUGGUCUUCUAUUGAUGAAUCUAAUGAAAAUAAAUGGUGAAGUAUUAAAGAUUAUUGAUAGGUAAUCCUAAUUAUAUUAAAAAGAUUCUUAACUUGAUAUACAAUAAAAGUAAUGUCAUUCAGACACAUUUGCUAAUUCAUAUGGGUGUGAUAGUGAUAGUAGUUUGAAGUAUGAAAUCAUGAGAUAGAACAAUUUAGACAAAUAAUAUCAGAACUACAUCCAAACUAUUACAGAUCAAAGUCCUCAUUUUGCAAAUACUAAAACUUAAGCUCCUUAAGAAUUAUAAGAGCCAAAUUAAAAUAAAAAACUUAUUAAAAGUUCAAGCAAAGUUACUUUUUAAAAAUUUGAAAAACCAGCUAUUUAAACACAAUCAAAAAGCAAAGAUAAAUACAAGUCCACUUAAUAAGAAAGAUUAAGUAAGAUGAGUGAUUCAGUCAGAUAAUUUGACAUUAAAAGAGAAAUCGAUAAUCUUAAAUCUUAAUCACCAAAGAAUUCUUAGAUCAUUAUUUCUCCUACCAAGAGUAGUUUGGUAUAAAGAAGUCCUAGCAGAUCUCACUCUAAAAGUAAAAAGAAGAAUUUAUAAUACUAAUAGAUAGUUUAAAAUUAGUUUGGUCUUUUUUCAACUCGGCAAGUUAAAAGAAAUCUUUAAUAGAAAUCUCCAGACUUGGUUUUCUUUGAGUAUAAUGAAAGUGACCCUAUAGUUCUGAGUAAUUAAUCUGCUAAAAAGUAAGAGAAUAGCACUUAAAGAAAAAAAUCAAUUGGCAAAGUUCACUAUAAUUACAAUCAAACAAGCUUUAAUCAAAUAGGAUAAACUCACUCCCCUAUGAAAUCAAAUAGAAAUUAAAGAUAGACAUAAGAUCCUAAGUUCUCCCCAGACAGAUUGCUAUAAAAUACUUCUCCAAAUAAGAUGUACAAACUAGGAAUUGAAAACGUGGUAAAUAGAGACUAUAAGCCUCUUUAACGAAAUGAUAGUACCUUAAGGAAAAUUAUAACACAAAGUAAUUCUUAGGCCAAUUUAUAAUCAGAUUAGAGAUUGAGGAAAAAUUCAAGUAUCUCCAACGUUCAUGGAUCAUAAGGUAAAAAUGUAAAUUCUAGUGUGGCAUCUAAUGAUGCUUAUAAUGAUGUAAUAUCUCCUAGAAGUUUUGUCUCUCAACCUCAACAAUUUACCUUCAACAGUAAAAAUUACGCUAGUUAAAGCAUUCUUAAAAAAUCAAGUGAAACUAACUAUUAAAGUUAGACAAAUACUUAAAUGAGAAAUUAAAUAGCAGACAAACUUAAAUAAAGGUAUCUUGAGAAAGAAAACCAUAAAAUGAGAAAAAAUUGA